UUGCAAAACGGUUCUUAAAACAGAAGCAAACUGAAUUAAACGGGGCCGAACAACCUGCAUUUGUCCAAUAGCAACUAUUGUUUUCGUUGCAAAACGCACCUGUUUUGACUGACGAUUACCCUGCACUGUAAAAGACUGGGGACGCCCUGCAACUCCAACAAGCGGGUUCAAAGCACAUCAAAUUUCAGAUGCAAAACUGGGCAAGCCACGACUCAUAUCUUGGUAUAGAAUGAGGUUGCAUUGACCCUGCUAGUACUAGCCCAGUAGCCUAGCAUCGAGGUGGAGGCUGGGUCAAAGUGAUCAGUAACCCGGCUAGGAGGCUCGACUCCAGGCUAGCCAGCCUGCCAGCGGAGGGAGGGGGCCUGGUCCUGGAAUGGCCUGGUGAGCUGCACCGCCUAGCAGCAGAGGAAGGUUUGUGAUGAGCGGGAAGAGCCUGCUGUUAAAGGUGAUCCUGCUGGGGGACGGCGUCGUGGGAAAGUCUUCCUUAAUGAACCGCUACGUCACGGACCGCUUCGACUCCCAGUCCUUCCACACCAUCGGGGUCGAGUUCCUCAACAGAGACCUGGAGGUGGACGGGCGCCUGGUGACCCUUCAGAUCUGGGACACGGCUGGUCAGGAGCGCUUCAAGUCCCUGAGGACGCCGUUCUACCGUGGCGCCGACUGCUGCCUCCUCACCUUCGCUGUAGACGACCUGCACAGCUUCCAGAACCUGGCCAGCUGGAAGAAAGAGUUCAUGUUUUACUCUGACGUACGAGACUCAGAGAGGUUCCCCUUCGUUGUCCUGGGCAACAAGGUGGACAAAGAGGGGAGGGAGGUGGGGGAGGACGAGGCUCAGGCCUGGUGCGAGGAGAAUGGCUGUUGUCCCUACUUCGAGACCAGUGCAAAGGACGAUACGAACGUGGGAGUGGCGUUUGAGUCAGCGGUACUGGAGGUUCUGGCGGCGGAGGAUCAGAUCGACCACACAUUGUUGAGUAGCACUAUCGAUCUCCACGGCAACCGUAAAGUACCGCGCUCUUCUUGCUGCUGAUUGGUUGAAAGGAUUGGUCGGAGCUAGCCCCUCCCUGAGUUCUCUCUGUCUAGCACUCUGGGAGCUCUUCACUGAUGAUGAUGCAGGUACAAGCUACUGAGACAACUUGAUUAUCAACACCGCUGAUUUUAAAUAGUGUUGUGUUGUCGGUACAGACUGAUUUGGAAGAGUAUUGGAUAAUCAACACAUCUGAUUUUGAAAGGUUAUCAAUGAGGUACAAUGUAACAGGUACACCGUGUUGUUCAACUCUGUCUGUGUUCUGCAGUAUAUCACAACACUGCUGUCUACAUCCAGUCAGCUUCAGCUUCAUGUACCUGCCCUGUGAAGUGUUUUCACCAUUUCAUCACCCUGUCAGAUCUCACAGAUACUCUGACCAGAACAUGACUCGGACAUAGAUAAUAUAAUAUAAUAUAAUGACAUAGACCUGGUCUGUUGACUGACUAUAAUAUAAUAUAAUGACAUAGACCUGGUCUGU